CAUUGAGACGUAGAUCUGGGGUGGAGACCGACCCAACAUGGUUGACUCACAACCAAUUCCGAUGGUUCGCUCAUACCAUCAACCUGACAGGCAACAACCGCAGGCAUAAUGCAAGAUUGACAUGCUUGCUUAUUGGGGCCUGCAUCGUCAAUCCUGAAAACUGCACGAUCACUUGUACGAAACUCAGAGGGACAAUAAAAGGGACUUGAGCUAGUAUGACACCCUGAACAUCUAAGGGCGGUGUUAUGGGACAAUCCAAGUACCACAUCGGUAAUACAAGGGAAGGGAACCGUGCGGGCUUGGCCUAAAGCGGACAAUAUCGUACUAAUUGAGCUGCCCGGUUAUGACAAGUGGUAUCAGAGCCUAGUUUCGGUGCAGGCGGUGGACGUCAGUUCGGUGGACCCUCGUUCGGUGACCUCGGGGUUUGAGAUCUGCGUCUGGUUUGGUGGAUCCAGGAGAGAUCCACGUUUGGGCUUGGCGGAUCAAAGAGAAUUCCGCAUUUGGGAAGCAGAUCAAAGAGAGUUCUGCGUCUGGUAAAGUCCUUGUGUCGAGAAGCCCAUCGAUACAAGGCAUCUGGUGGAUCAAGAUAAUCGCUGAGGUGAGGACACGAAGUUCGUGGUCCUUGUCUUGAGGGGAGGAUUGUUAUGGGACAAUCCAAGUACCACAUCGGUAAUACAAGGGAAGGGACCCUUGUAUAUUAGAGUCCACCUAGCCCCAUUAGUACGAGGCCUUUUGGGGAGGACACCCAAAAGUAAAACCGUGCGGGCUUGGCCCAAAGCGGACAAUAUCGUACUAAUUGAGCUGUCCGGUUAUGACAGGCGGCCUCGCAGAUUGACUUGACCACAACAUUACCCAUCAAGCGAUGAAGGAGUUGACACUUCAGCAAAUAUAUUUUGUGCUUCUGUUCCGCAAUCUUCUUCAACUCCAACAUUGAAUCAUAUAUUGACGUUAUUUGGUAAUACCUAAAAUCUGUAUUGAUGUCACGAGAUUGCGACACAUAAAAAAAAACUGUACUCCCUAACCAGGAUUCAACACAAGUUGAAACGGAGUCUGCCUCAAUAACAUCGUAUGAUAAUCAAUGUGUUUAAUGUGUGUACUUUUAGCUUUUUAGUGGGACGAAAUGCAAGUUGUUAGACCAAUUGAUGACCAUCCUGAUAUGAGCUGUCUCCCAGCUCACGUGCUAGCUACUCAUAUGUUGUAUCUUUUUUGUCGGGUUUUGGGAUCAAUAAUAACUGAGUCCGUUCGUUUCAUUGGGGAUCAACUUGUCAAGUGGAAAUAUAUUAAUUAAAACCCACAAAAUACGUAUUAAUUAAUGUUUAUCAGUAAAAGCUACUCAACCGGGGUCGGUUAGCAUGCUAACCCCGGGAUUGGAAAAAUGACACGUCCUAGUAUAUUAAAUACAACUAUAGAAUUUAAUACACACAUUAAAUACACAUUAGGAAUUAAAUGUAUCAUAUUAAUUAGGAAUUCUCUCACUAUUAAAUACACAUUAGGAAUUAAAUACACACAUUAAAUACACAUUAGGAAUUCUCUCACUAUAUUUGAUUUUUCCUUUUUCAGCAGUCUCUGACCACCAGACUUCCUCCGACCGCCACACUUAUCCGGUAAAAAUCCCAUCGGCAGACUCUCUCCGACCACCUCCAAAAAAUAUACCACUGCACUGAUACGGUGUACCACUGUACUGGUAGAUAUACCACUGCACUGAUAUGUUGUACCACUGCACUGGUAGCGAUAUCAGUGCACUAGUAGCAAUGUCAUAUCUGAGUAUCAGUGCAGUGGUACAAAUACCAGUAAAGUGGUAAUUAACGUGGUGUAUUUAAUGCUUACUUUGUAUUUAAUAACAGAACAUUUAUUAUGUUUACUUUCAUUAAUAUAUGUCAAUAAUUAAUGAAAAAUUGACCAAUUAAAAGGGGUGUAAAAAAACCAACCCCUUCAACAAAAGAAGCGCGGGCUUCCUCGAUAGAAGAACCUUUUUUGUUUUGGUCCCAAUUCGUUAGCAUGCUAACCCGUCCCUACUCAACCGCACGAGAAAUUAGGACACACUAAACAAGUUUAAGCCCGUCAAUUAAGGAAAUCAAUAAAUUUGAAUCAUUUUCGUAAUUUCUAGAAAGCUCAGAAGAUCGAAGAUUCCCUCCACUCCCGCCAGCGCCAAGCCAGCGGAUAAGAAUUAAGAACACGCCAUUUACCGGCAGGGUAAAAAUGUAAAUAAACCUGCAGCCACCAAAUUGGACCAGACCAGACAACGGAGAAAGUUUUAAAAGACGAAGAUAAUAAAGCUUUGGGCUUUUUAGACGGAUGGAAGGAAAAGACAGGGCAGCGUAGACUCAGGGCAACCGUCCGUAGAACAGCAAAAGGUACUGUUUUCUCCGAAUCCGAAAUUCGGAAAUCUCUGCCCCUCAAUCUCCAUUAUGAUUUCCUUUCCUUCCCCCCAUAAGACAAAAUCUUCAAAUUUCCAUGUUGAUAUUUGAUUUUGAUCCCGUCUUUCCUUGAUCUGCUGUUUCCCCCUUCUCCCUCUGUUUGGUUCCCAAGAAAAGUUCUUGAAAGGAGAAGGAGGGGAAGAUUUUAGUAGACUAGACAAGGUUGGUCGAUUUUCAGCCGGGGGUUUUUCUUCUUCCCCCAUGUUCUAAUUCAGUAUUACCCUUUCUAAGGUUUUCAUUUUGCUGUCAAUUGGUGGAUAUCGAUUCCGUUGACCUGUGAUAUUUAGCUGCUGUUUGUUUAAUAGGGACUUUUUGGGGUGUGGUUCUGUUGAUUGGUAGGUGGGUUUUGGGGUAGGAGGAAAGGAAGGCGAAAGUUUGGAUUUUGUUUUGUUUUGAAGUAGUUGGAAGGAAGGUGGGGGAAACACAUGGGGAAUUAGAGAGUAGUUUUGAGCUAGCUAGCUCCAUUUUGAUUAUUGGAGCUAUCUGGUUCUGUAUGUGAAUGAUUCUAGAAAUUGGGUGGCUAUGGUUUGAUAGUUUUCUGUCAUUCUGUGUUCUAAUUAGCUUGGAAACCUGUGUCAAAUGGUGUUAGUUUUGAUUAAGGAUUUGUAUAGUAAGGCUCCUUUUUAGCUAUCAGAAUGCUGCAUUAAUGGCUUCCAGUGUUUUUGGCAUAAUUAGAAAUCUUGAGCAACUUCUUGGAACUGAGAGAAUUUUUGUUUGUUACCCUAAUGUUGGCGUAAUUGGAAAUCUUGAGAAACUACUUGGAAUUGAUCAAUAUGCGAAUAAUUUGACCAUUUGUUAUAACCUUAAGCUGCACCAUAUGCGAAUUUAGCUGGUGACCGGUUUUCCUUCUUGGGUUGUGGUCUGAAACAUGUCUAUGCUUCAUCUCAUUUUGGCAAGUUGUGUUCAUCUUCCUCUGCUGUUCACUGCCUAAUUUUAGGUUUUGAUUUGUGAAAAAUGAUACAGGAAAGGAUUAGAGAUUAUAUGGAUACAGAGGUACCGUGCAAAGAGGUGUCUGAGGAGGUGGCGCGAGAGUCUCUCAUUGCCAUAUCAUAUUCUGUGCCAGACAAAGAUCUGAACAACUCUUAUGCUGACACCGAUUCCGAAGCUCUGAGCAGCAGCAACAAAGAUGGAGUGGCAGCAGAUAUGAGCAAUGGUGGAGGGGUUGAGAAGUACAUGUCUGAACUGAUUUCUAUUUCCGACUACCAGUCACCGGAUUCUCCUGCAACUUCUCCCAGAAGGAGAGCAUAAGGAUGGUUGAGAGGCAAGGACUAACUAUUAGUGUGGUGUAAAACUGUGUUGUUUCUGUUUUUUUUUUUUUUUUCUUUCUUUUCUUUUCUUCUUUUGUCGUGUCUGUGAAAUGGUUGUAGCUGUACAGCCACUGGUUAUGAUAUGCGAUCAUCAAUGGCAUUGAGAAAUUGGACUAUUGUUAUUGGUCAUUGCCAUGGAAAUGUUGGGAGGCAUUGUUGUGAAUUGUGGAUGGGGUUAUAUACAAGAUCUAGCAUGUUCCGUGUUUAGGAAUGUUGGCGGAAUUAGAAUGGAUGCUUUCUUCUUCCAGCAAUUGUAAGGGACGGUCUCGGUUGGUUGGGCAUCAGUUGCUGCUGAAUAUGGCCUUCUGUGCUUAUCGAAUGUUCUGUAGGAAACUAAUGGUGGUUCGUACAGAUGGAAUCGAACGCAGCAACAUGAAGACUAAUGAACGAUGGCCUAGUCUUCGCUUGUUGUUUUCUGAACACAAACCAACAUUUGCUUCUUCUAUUCUGUAUGUAAGUUUUUUGCUGCUUGUCUUCUGUACAUAGAUAUAUUUUUACUGUGCCUUCUACUGCUCUUUCCUAUAUCCUCUGACUUAAAGAAACAUCGAUAUCAUUGUAAUUGAGCUGGGUGAAUGCACAUUUUUGGCAAGAGUUCAUGAGAGCUGAGAUGGGAGCCCUACAACAAGUCAAGCCCAUCAGUUAUCUCAGCUCUCCCCAUUGAGUGCCAAAGGAGAAGGAAGAUUGAAGCAACAGAGAAACAGGAACUUUGACAAUAGAAAUGAUUCACGAAUGUAGGCAUUUUAUACUUGUCCAAAAUGGAUUGAUAGAACCGGCUAUCUCUUAGCAGUUGUUUAAUCUCUUAGUGAGCUGUUUUUCCAUAUGAACAUAGGAAUGCAUUUCAAGUAUGAAGUGAAUUGUUUGUAUUUGUUCGUCCUGAGUUGAUUGACAUGACAUGGUUUAAGCAAGUGGCGGGUAAAUGGAAGCCGGGAGCAGCCAAAUUAAUCUCUGCCCCCAAUCCUUGCAAGUCUUAUGAGUCUAUCUACUAGCUUUCUUUAUACGAAGAUUAAACCACGGUUCUAGUAUAAACUAACUUACCACUCACUUUUCCGGUAAUAAUCUUAGUUAGGAAUUCGGUAACGACUUCAGGAGCUUCGGUUCUGUAGCCAAGGGCAAUCUGCUAUUGAUAGUAGUUAAUUCCCCUGGUCUCGUUCUCAAUUCGACAAGUUUGCACCUCGAUUGCAGCUUCUCAAGUACGACCUCUCAAGUCUCAACUUAUAACUUCGAACCUCGCCUUGCUCGCCCCCCCCCCCCCCCCCCCCCCCCCCCCUCCUGAAUGGCUGCUGUUUGAAAUGCUCAAGGUGCUGGACCUGUCCAUUCAUAUGCAUUUUGCCACUGCUAGUAUGUUGGAGUGUACGGUCCUGUUGAGGGCAGCUCCAAUGUUGCGCGAGCUAUCGAUGUCGUUCGUACAUUCGAUUGGCUAUCUAAGUUGGGAGGAUAGUGCAGAGGAGAGGAGGAGUUGGCACCGGCAUGGAAGCAUCAGUCUCUGCAGGUGCUCCAGCUACAUGGGAUGCAUCCAAGCGUGUACGAGCAAUGUGUUGAUCCUCGCAAACCCUAAAUGGAGCUCGCUGAACACAUCACAUCAUUAUGGCCUCGCCUUCGUUGAAGGAGGUUGGUAUUGAUGCCGGGAAUUUAAGAUUCCAGAAACCGCAUCAGAUUGAUGCUGCUGAUCAUAUCUCUGGAGCUUGGAUGGAGUUGGAAACCAGGCUCCACUCUACUGCUGCCUCACGCAUUCACUUCACGUAUCGGUAAAGACUUGUUACUACAUCAAUAUGGAGGGGGAGAAGAAUUUUAUGGUGGGUACAGGUUUCUUUUUAAUACAUCAACACAUUUUAU